GGAGGCUGGGGCAGCUGAACCUGCAGCAGUGCUGAGAGUUGGACUUUGCUAAAGCCAUGACAGCAGCCGGGAGUGGAAACGGUUUUGGCACCACGGCUUGGUGGGGCUUUUCUCCAGCCCUUGACCUACAAGCAAUGUGAAAAAGUCUCCCAGAUAUGGUCAUAUCACUUUUUCUGCAGAUAUGGAUACAUCUGUGGAGCAUCUGCACAUGUCUGAGGAUGGUACUCCAGAACUGAAUAUCUUGCUUGUGGGAUCAGCUGAUGGUCGCCAUAUCCUGAAGACGAUGUGUCAAGCCCACCGACGGCCACGGAGGAAAAUCAACUUUUAUGUGCUGGAAAAUAACCUGGAGGCGCUGGGUCGGCAGUUGCUGUUUCUGAGCCUGGCGCUGGAGCCUCUGGAGAAGAUGGGUCUGCAAGAGAAGAGUGAGUUGUUCUUGGAGCUGAUGGGGAAUACUCUGGUCCGAAGCCAGACAGCUGCUUAUUUGCAGGAGAAGGCGGGCCUUUUCGUCCGUUACAUCACAGAUCCCUGCUUUCAGCAAGCUGACCUCCCCACAUUGGACUUGUCUGCCCUCAAGUUCAAGGAGCGGGACCUGUUGGAGGCAAUAUUCCGGUUCUGGAAGAACCCCGAUCCGCAGUCUUUCCAGAUCGAGCACCUCUGGGACCUGCGGCUCCGGCAAUACCUGGGCGCCCGCUACGACGCCCGCCGUGGGGUUUGCGACUGGGACCUCACCAUGAAGUUGCACGAGCAUGGGGCCAAAGCAAUCAAUUCCCGUGAGUUUUUCCGGUGGCGCAACACAGGCUUGGCCUUUGAGCUGCGGGAAGCCCCCUACGACGUCCCCAACAAGACUCUGGCGUCCGGCCGUCUCCUCAGACACAAAGGGGAGCCGAUGCCAGCACGGGGAUACUGGGGAGACAUUGCCACCGGCCCCUUCGUCACCUUUGGGAUUGAGACGGAAGAGACCAGUCUGCUGAAAACCGUCAAUGGCCUUCCUAGCAAGAGUGCCCAGGACAUCUCCUUGUACAACGUCACUGCCAUGUUCUAUGAACUGAGCUAUCGCUCCUGCUAUAACCCACCCACAGCCUCAGAGGAAAAGGACGGCAGCCCGCGAGGGAAUGAGGAGGACCCUGCUACACUGGAUGCCGUCAGCAGCUCUCCUGCCACAGAAGAUAUCCGAGUCCACUUCCUGCCUCUCGACUGCCUCCCCCGGCUCCAUCUCAAGAGCAAAUACCAAAGGUUAUUCAACCUUGUCUUUUUCUCAUGCAGCAUGGUACACCUCCUGAAACCAGAUCUGCGUCUGGUGUCCGCCCCGAAAGCCAUUCUCCUAGUUGAGCUGACGAACUAUCUGCCCGACCUCCGCAAGGAGCAGGUGUCCGAGUUCUCCUCCCGAGUGACCAACCUGGGAAGCGAAGCCGGAUUUGUGCCCGUCGAAGUGCCGGGCAAAGAAGUCUUUUCGUUUUUCCGGCUGGGGGAUCCUCCUGAGAUGGCGGAACCAGGCCUCUGAAACCCCUGCCCCGUUUUUUAAUGUUAGUCUUCUUUUGAAUCUUAUUGUGUAUUUUUUUAAAAAAAAUAAUUCCUCUGAAUAAAAAAGGCUGCUGUUGUAUAA